AUGGUGUCGAGGUUGCUGAAUGAUGAUCAGAAGGAGCGUCACAUGCAGGUGUGUCAGGACAUCAUCGAGCGUCUUCGGACUGAACCUGACUUGCUUAGAAGAAUCAUCACUGGCAUCGUCCACAGUGAGUUCUUGCCACAGGACCAGACAAUCACAAUCAACAAAUCUACAGAGAUCCUGCGGCGUUUGCUUCGCUCAGUGCGCGAGAAGAGACAAGAGACGUGGCAGAACAAUUCGUGCCUGCUUCACCGCAACAGUGCACCUGCUCACAACGCCCUGAGCAUCCGGCAGUUCCUGGUCGAGAACAACAUCACCAUGCUAGAACAACCUCCCUAUUCACCUGACCUUGCACCUUCCCUCUCCCACCCAACGCCAGCCUCCCUGCCCUCUAUCACUGUAUCAACCUCUCCCGAUCUGCCAUCACUAACUCCGAAGUCUUUCCCAGCUUCUACCAAACCCCCAUCACCUUCUCCCAUCAGCCACCCGCAGCCUUCCAUAGACCUUCACCUGCCUCCCUCUGUCCUCAUCGCUAUCCCACAGCUUUUCCCAGCCUCCCACUGUUCUCCGACUUCCACCAGCCUCUCCCAUCCUCCCCAGCCUCCACCAGCCUCCCAUCCUCCCGUGCCCACCUCCACCUUCCCCAUCAUCCACUAUAAAGUCUUCCCUUAG